CCUUACCCCUUCUAUCUCUAUCGCUCAACAAUUGUUUCCGAUUACCACCAUUAACAAUUUCCUUCUCAACAGGUGUAUCUCGCCAUUCACGGCCCUCGGCUAGUUUUUGGAGACGUUCACGAUUUUUCGACUGUGAUUAGAUAACUCGUAGUCGCAUCCUAGCCUUCAUCUUUGAGCCAGAACUCUCGGGCAUAACAAUAAAUCGAAGUCUGGCCUCUCCGUUGGCAAAACCCAAAGGUGAGAAGGCCUUGUAUAACCUCGGAACCAACCUACCUCGGAUCUGAGACGAUCCAGCAGCUACCGAAGGAGAAAACAUUAAAAACCGAACUGAUGUCGUUCGAUUCAAGGAGAAGAAACCCAAGCUCAGAACUGAAUACUGUAGUCGGGAAUAGUAUCCGAGAAUCACUGUAGCCGAGAAUAGUAACCGAGAAUUAUUGUAGACAAAAAUAGUAAUCGUCGACGGCGGCAGAAUUGAAGAAAUACUCGGCUUAGGUUUACUGGGGAAGCCUAUCCUUGAUGUUGGCGGCGAAGUGAGCAAACCUGGAAAUCCCGGUGUUUCAGAAGAGAACGGAAAUUUGGAGAUAAGUUUGGGUAAGCAGUGAAAUAGAGGUGGAGGUUGCGUCUGUCGGUGGUGGCUAAUAUUUUCACAAAGCAACAACUUGUUUCUUCAUGAAAAACGGCUGGCAGAACCAACAAUCUUCCUCUAGAUCUACUCUGAUCUAGUUCGAUUUUGAAAAAACCAGUGUCUAAUCCAUGCUUGGGGUGAAGAGAGGAUUCAAAUGGUAUAUUUUCCUUCUUUUUCCGAUGCUUGCUACUUCCAACAGUCUCGCAGCAGUUUUUUCACACUGAUGAGAUCUGAGAAGUUCUAAGAGAGCCUCUAUGGCACCACUUUCGGCCAUCGCUUCAGCACUGGUUCCGUCAUCACUUUCUAAAACCAGAAGAGCAUUAAGUGCACCAAUCACAGUGCCCUCUAAGCCAGAACGGAGCAACCUUACCAAAACAGCAACUUCCAAAUAAAAUUCAGAACUGAAUUGCAAGAUGCUGGCUAAAUCAAUGAUGGAGGUGUAUAAUUUUUUCACAAAGCAACAGCUUGUUUCUUCAGGAAAAGCAGAUGGCAGAAUCAACAAUCUUCCUCUAGAUCUACAACGAUCUAAUUUGAUUUUGAAAAAACCAACGUCCGAUCCAUGCUUGGGGUGGAGAGAGGAUUCGAAUGGUAUAUUUUCCUUCUUUUUCCGGUGCCGAUGAGCAACGGUCGGAGACUAUUAACGGAAUGCAAACAGGUAGAAAAGGGUGGGAACUACUAUGAAUUCUUCCAUAAUACAAGAUUGGUUAAACCUACUAUCCUCCAUUUUCAGCUCAGAAACUUGGUUUGGGCUACUUCAAAGCAUGAUGUUUACCUUAUGUCCAAUUAUUCGGUUAUGCAUUGGUCAUCAUUGUCGUGCAAUCUGUCUGAGAUCAUUAAUUUUGCUGGGCAUGUGGCACCUACCGAGAAACAUCCUGGAAGCUUAUUAGAAGGUUUUACACAAACUCAAAUAAGCACUCUAGCAGUAAGAGACAAUUUUAUGGUUGCGGGAGGCUUCCAAGGGGAGCUUACUUUUAAGCACUUGGACAGAAAAGGAGUAGCCUUUUGCACCCGGACAACCUAUGAUGAAAAUGCAAUUACAAAUGCUAUCGAGAUAUACGACAGCUUGAGGGGCGGAAUUAAUUUCAUGGCCUCAAAUAACGACUGUAGUUUGAGAGAAUACGAUACUGAGAGAUUUCAACUUUUGAAUCAUUUCCGGUUUCCUUGGCCUGUAAACCAUACAUCCAUCAGCCCCGAUCAAAGGCUUAUUACUGUUGUUGGAGAUCACUUGGAUGGGUUGCUUGUUGAUUCACAAAAUGGAAAGACAGUAGCCACGGUGGCUGGUCAUCGGGAUUACUCCUUUGCAUCCGCAUGGCACCCUGAUGGACGCAUAUUUGCCACAGGAAAUCAGGACAAGACCUGCCGAGUAUGGGACAUAAGAAACCUGUCUAUGCCAGUCGCGACACUCAAAGGGAACUUGGGUGCAGUGCGAUCAAUCCGCUUUUCAACGGACUGGCAAUUCAUGAUAGUUGCUGAACCAGCAGAUUUCGUCCAUGUCUAUAAUACGAGGUCCGGUUUCCAGGAACGACAAGAUAUAGACUUCUUUGGUGAGAUAUCAGGGGUAUCUGUGAGUCCAGAUGGUGAGUCACUGUAUAUAGGAAUAUGGGACAGAACUUACGCUAGCUUCUGCAGUAUAACAAAAGACACAGUUAUGGGUACUUGGAUUCUUACCUGUGAGUAUGUGCUGUUAUAAAUGUAUGAUGAAUGU